AUGAAACAUGUCAAUAUAUCAAAGCCAUUUGAUACUCUUAAUUCAACCAUAGAGCCUAGUUCAGCCAUUAAGCAUAAUAAAAGUAUUACAGCAACAAAUGGUUAUCAUCUUUUUACAUUACCAUUUAUUGAUAAAACUUAUAAUAAAAGUCUUAUUAAAGAUGGUGAUUUUGAAAUAAGUUAUUUAAAUAAAAAUUAUAAACAAUGUUUAUUAUCAAACACACGAAGUUCAAAAAGUGAUAUUUUAUGUGAUAAUCCUUAUUCAGGUGAUCUUUAUUAUAAUGAUGAAACUAAAUUUGGAAUGAAUUAUUCCAUUCAAAAAAUUGAUCAUAUUUCAGCAGGAUAUUAUCAUAUAUCAGUUUAUCUUGAAAAUAGAGGUUAUGCAAACAAUUUAUUUAUUCUUCUUAUUGGAUUUUAA